GAGCUGGCGAUGGCAGGAACGCUUCCAGGACGUCUCUGAAACCUUCCCAUGUUGGUGAAACUGCUCGAGAUAUCUCACGCAUGCGGUUGAGUUUGUGUUGUGGAGAGAUUGAAGCGCACAGCAGAAGGGUCUGAGACACCUGUCAGUGACAGCGAGCAUGAAGGAGAAGUCGAAGAACGCGGCGCGGACGCGGCGGGAGAAGGAGAACAGCGAGUUCUAUGAGCUGGCCAAACUGCUGCCUCUGCCCUCGGCCAUCACCUCACAGCUGGACAAAGCCUCCAUCAUCAGACUCACCACCAGCUACCUGAAGAUGAGGAUCGUCUUCCCAGAAGGUCUCGGGGAGUCUUGGGGCCAUGUGAGUCGAGCGAGUUCUCUUGACAAUGUGGGCCGAGAGUUAGGAUCACAUCUGCUUCAGACUUUGGAUGGCUUCAUUUUUGUGGUAGCUCCUGAUGGAAAAAUCAUGUACAUUUCUGAAACUGCAUCAGUGCAUUUAGGGUUGUCACAGGUAGAGCUGACGGGGAACAGCAUUUAUGAAUACAUCCACCCCGCAGACCACGACGAGAUGACCGCAGUCCUGACGGCUCACCAGCCGUAUCAUUCACACUUUGCGGAGCUCACUGGCUACGAGCCGCAAGACUUAAUAGAGAAGACACUUUAUCACCACGUCCACAGCUGUGACACUUUCCAUCUCCGCUGCGCGCACCACUUGUUGCUGGUAAAAGGACAAGUCACCACCAAAUACUACCGAUUCCUGGCUAAGCAGGGUGGGUGGGUGUGGGUACAGAGUUAUGCUACUAUCGUACACAACAGCAGAUCGUCCAGACCACACUGCAUCGUCAGCGUCAACUACGUCCUCACGGACACGGAGUACAAAGGACUACAGUUGUCCUUAGAUCAGGUGACGUCCGCUAAACCCUCGUUCACCUACAACAGCCCCUCUAACCCCAUCAGUGAGAACAGAAGAGUUGGCAAAAGCAGAGUCUCCCGUACCAAGACCAAAACAAGACUCUCUCCCUAUUCACAGUAUCCGAGUUUCCCCACAGAUCGCUCAGAGUCAGAUCAGGAUAGCCCGUGGGGAGGAAGCCCACUCACUGACUCUGCAUCUCCUCAGCUUCUGGAGCAGUGUGAAGGCAUAGACUCCUCAUGCGUGUACCGGCAAUUCACGGAACCACGCCCGCUGUGCUACAGCCUACCGCUGACAGAUGACCAUCAUACCUCCAGUGACCUCUACGGCCACACUCACUCCGAGUCCUGUGAGAGUGGUCGCUGUAAGGCUGGCCGAUACUUCCUUGGCACCCCUCAGCCUGGACGAGAGGCAUGGUGGGGUGCAGCCCGCUCUGUUCUCCCAUUGCCCAAGUCUUCGUCCGAGAACGGGGACAGUUUUGAAGGUGUGAUGCCCCACAUCACCUCUAUCCAUAGCCUGCAAGAAGCGACUGCUUGUGACAUUGAUGCUUUGCCAUUUUACCUUGGUGGGCUGUCUGUUUGCAAGAUCUCGGACUGUUAUACCCUGCCUGGCAUGCGAUAG